AUGGAUGAAAUUGAACAUUAUAAUGUAAGAUUUUGAGGCUUUUAGGAGUUAAUGGAAAUUUGACUAAUUUCUUUAAAAAAAAUGAAACUAGACAGAUAAAAAAAACUUUAUUUUUAGUCGCCAUUUUUAUCAAGCUUUCCAAUUUCAGGUCCAUGGAUUCAAAACGGAAAAAUCGGACUCCUUACUUGGCCACCUCUCUUAUUUCUCGAUAAGUCAUUCUCUAUCGCUUUCUCGGCAUCUUAUUUCAUUUGGCUAUGGGAUCCCCCAUCAAACCUAUAUCAAACAAAGUGACCAACUUUAUUCCCUCAGAAAUGUCCUCAGAUACCGUAAGUUGCAAAAAUCAUCCACAGCAAACCUGUCUCACUCAUUUUCAGUCCGUUCACUCUAUAAGCGCGAUGGUCAUCGUAUAUUCUUGAUCGGAGUAGACACCAAUAUUGCCCUUGCUGUAAUUGAAUGUCUCACAACUUCGAUUGUUCCCCAAUUUCUUGAUGCGAAUUGCUCGGAGUUUGGUGGAACGCCAGUGAAUCGAAGGCUCUCCGAAUAUGAUAUGGAUGAGUUUCAUAGCUUGAGGAUUCACAUUCGCACUUGUUUGAGGGAAUGCGUUUAUAACACAUUGCUGGCUGUUGUGCAAAGGCCGCUUAUGGGUGGGUUUUUUUGAUUUUUGAUGAGAUUUGAGGGUUUUUCUGGGGGAAAUCCCUGAGCAAAAAUGCUUUGGGAGGGUAAAAUAUUUGGUCAUUCUACCGUAAUCUCGAUGUUUAAAAUAAAAAAAAUGGUGAAAAGACAAAAGAAUUUUAAAAAAAAAUUUACGGUUAAAAAAUGUACAACGGCAGUAAAACGUCUAGACAAAAAAUCCUAAGAUCCCACAAACUUUAUUCGUUGUAGAAGGGUUCGUAUUAUAGAAGCUCAUUUGUCCUAAAACGCUGUUUUGAGGCCUUUGAAAUUGGUUGUAAUAGGCAGGCUUUGAGAUUCCACUGUUGUCCACUGCAUAUACGGGCGAACUCUUUUAUUCCCAUUAUUUUCAGUCGUCCUAGCCCGUCAAAUUGCCCAAUACACCAUCGGCGAAUCGAAGUACCACGGAGUUUUGCACAGUAUCCGUCUGAUUGGGACUGAAGAAGGGAUCCCCGGCUUCUUUUCCGGUCUGAUCCCAUCGAUCCUCCACGGACUUUGUGUUUCUGCCGCAUUCUGGGGUUUCCGCUACUUGAUUUCCCGUUGUGUCGUAUACAUUCAACGUUACGCUGUCAGGAAACAUUGUAGUAGAUCAUAUGAAUUUUCGAUUUAUUUGAGAGCAGCCUUUCCGUUUUUAUUGCCGCUGAUCCGAUACAGAUGUGGCUCAAUGUUCUAUAGACUCGACUCGAAAGCGAAAAUCAUGGCACUGGCCGGAUCAGGGUGAGAAAUUUGCAAUGAUUCUUAUUGGUAUUGAGAGGUAGCAUAAUGUUAAAUCUUUUUUUCAGUUUGGACGUCCCAAUUAGCAGAUAUCAUCAUGCGAUUGUGUUCCCUAGAAGAUCCGCCUUCCGACGAAACUUGUAUUAG